AAGAAAAGAAAAAAAGUGUGGUUAGGCUAAAAAGCAUUUGGAUUUGGAAAAUAAAGUUUUUAAAAAGUAUAUAAAUACCCCAAAAGUAGGAGCUAUAACGUUUUGAAUUCCUUUGGAUAAAAUAUGGCUCUACGAGGUGCCGUAAUUACUGUCAAUAGUCGCUUGCUGCAGGAAAAACUAGCAGGGCUCUUGGCUCCAACUAUCCCAAAUCUGAACAGCCAAAUUGUUAGACAUAGACGGACAAAACACUGGGAUCCAAAAUGGAAGCUUCUCAGGCGUUUAAAAGUUUUUAAGGUUGAGCUGCCCAAGUUCAAUGAAAAUAUAAAGGACAUGUCUGAAGAAGAAGUUAGGUCCAAGAUGAAGGAACAGGGCUUAUUGCCGCCCAGGCCCUGGAUGGAAACACAAUAUUACAUUUCAUCUACUGGUGCAGUGUUUGAACCUUACAUCCCUCCAGAGGGAGAUGGAAAGGUGUCUCCGGUGUCUAAACAGGGUGCUAAACAGGGUUUACAAUUCAUAGAAAAAAAGACCAGAAGCAUGAUGAGCAUCAGAAAAAUCCGUCAGUUCGAUGAGGACUUUGAAUCCGCCCAAUUCUGUAAGGAGGCAACACAGAUUUACAUCAAGAUGCAUGAAGCCAUGGCAAACCAAGACGAGGACGGUAUUAUUAAGUAUGUAACGGAGAGGGCCUAUCCAGAAGUCAUGCAUAACAUUAAAAAUAAAACUAUCCAUUGGAAAUAUCUCAAAGAUGUUGAGCUGCCUAGAAUUGUCCAUGCCAGACAUACGAAUAUUGUUACCGACGAUAAUUUUUUUGCACAAAUUACUGUGAGGUUUCACACGCAACAGAUCUUGGCAUUGUAUGACAGAUUUGGUAGAUUAAUGCACGGCAGCGAGAUCCUGGCAAAGGAUGUCCUAGAAUAUGUUGUCUUUGAAAAACACCUUUCAAACCAGUAUGGGAUUUGGAGGGUUCAUGCUAAGAUAAUUCCUUCAUGGCUUCCCCCUAAAGAGCCUUCCAAGCGGACUUUCAAGGAGUUACCGGAACCAGUAGUUGACAGUACCGUGGUGCCUCAUGAUGAACCUAGCCAAGAUUCAACUGCAAAGUUACCUGCUUGAGAAUCGUAGAUGUUUUUCACUUUGUAAAUAAAAAGAUUAUAUAGAGUA